CAUCAUUUUUUAGAAACAUUACAAGAUGGGGAUAAGUGGCAAGUAUUUUGCCAUUUUGAGCGCGAGUGUUGCUACCAUUGUUGCUGCAGUAUAUGUCAAGAGGGCAAUGAUAAGAUCACGAAGAAGGAGGCUCCGUUUGGUUCACAGUCAGAUACCAAAUCCUUUGAAUGACGAGGAAUUACAAGACAAAAAAUUCAGCACGCUGCCAAGCCAAACGAUUACUCAAUGGCAUCAACAAUACGGGCCUCUAUUUGAAAUCAAUACGAGCGAGCACAAGUGGGUCUUUGUUAGCGAUCUGGAAGCGAUUGAGGCUAUAUUUAUCAAGAAAAGCGUUGAAACAUCACUUCAUUCGUAUAGUGCAUGGAGAAGUAUAGUCAAUGGUGGCUGUGGCAGUGGCAUCUUUUUUAAUGGUAGCGAAGGAAAAUGGAAAUACCUCAAGGCAGCUCUCCGAGAUGUUCUUUCGCCUGCAUUUUGUGAUAGCUUUGAAGGAAUGUCAAGGAUGGAAAUCGAAAGAUGUACAAGGAGUCUUAUCACUCAAACGGGAAAUCAUGGAAGUGUAAAUCCAAGCUUGUAUGUUCGUUUUGCGGUUGUAAACAUUGUGCUCUAUAUUGCCUUUGGUAAACCUUUUGCUGAAUCUAUGAAUGACGACACGUUUAAGCGAAUUGAGAGUGUCUUGCAGAGUUACCAUAAAUUAGCAGCAACUCCCACGGUAGCCGAAGGUCAAGGCUGUCCUUGGUCAUUCUUCCUCAAGAGCAACCCGAGCAAGAGCAAGGAAUCCAAGUUGAUAUACCGUAGGCAAGUUCAACCAUUGAUUCAACUAUUGGUCAAGUCAGCAAGAACAGACAAUAGCCAUAACAUCGUUAAGCAGCUGGACAGAAUGAGAGAAGAUUACCAUAUGGAGGAAGAUGAUAUCCACAAGAUAAUGGAGGAGUUCGUUUUCAUUAGCUGCAGGACCUUGUGUGCAAGUAUUCUCUGGACCUACGCCUUGCUUUGCCAUCACCCUAAAGCCCAAACGAAUAUCUCUCAAGAGUUCAUUAGAUUUUGGAAGCAAAACAAUUAUUUUCCUACGUUUGUUGAUCAAUCAAAUUUUCGGUAUUAUACUGCUUUCCAAAAAGAAUGCUUUAGGUAUCGCCCUAUCUUUACGUUUAGUGCUCCUCGAAAAGUUACAAAAGAUGUAUACUACGAUGGUCUCAUUAUCCCCAAAGACGCAAUUCUUCUCAGUAGCAUCCACGCUCUCCACAAUGACUCUGCGCACUAUCCUGAACCUGAAAAAUUUGUACCUGAACGCUUUCUUUAUGACACCAAUCCGAUGCAUAAAACAAGCAGAAACUGUCUCCGAAACCGUGAUCACUUUGCCUUUGGCUGGGGGUCAAGAGCAUGUCCUGGUGUCUACAUGGUUGAAAAGCUUCUCUUUGAUGUGGUCAUCAACUUAAUGUCCCAAUGCAACGUUAGACCAGCCCUCACCGUUGAAGGUGACAAGCUCUAUCCUGACAUAGACAAUUACAUCGAAGCCGGAGUGAUGGCUGUGCCAGUAGAUUUUAAAGCUCGCUUUAUUGAACGUGAUUCAUUUAAAUAAAGAUUACAUUGUUCUUUGCAAACUCAUACCUGUCUCCCUUCAGUGGAGAAGCCUCGACCCUCGCUGACCAAUCGAAAAACGAGUUACAAGACCCUAUGUCCAAGCAGCC